UGCCUCGCGCCCACACUCAAGCGAGAGCUGCUGUCGCACGUUUGAUCCGCGCCACCGCGGCCGGAGAUGCAGCGGGGUGCCGCGUUGUGCCUGCGCCUGUGGCUCUGCCUCGGACUGCUCGACAACGAGCGUGGCCUGGCCAGUGGCUACUCCAUGACCCCACCAACCCUGAACAUCACGGAAGAGACAUAUGUCAUCAAUUCCAGUGACAGCCUGUCCAUCUCCUGCAGGGGGCAGCACCCCCUGGAGUGGGCCUGGCCCGGGGCUCAGGAUGCGCCAGUCCCAGAGGAGAAAGAUGGUGAGGACACGGGGACCGUGCGAGACUGUGAAGGCACAGAUGCCCGGCCCUACUGCAAGGUUCUGCAGCUGCAGGAGGCCCACGCCAACAACACAGGCAGCUACCGCUGCUACUACAAGUACAUCAAGGCUCGCAUUGAGGGCACCACUGCGGCCAGCACCUACGUGUUUGUGAGAGACUGGGAGCAGCCAUUCAUCAACAAGCCAGACACACUCCUGGUCAACAGGAAGGACUCCACGUGGGUGCCCUGCCUGGUGUCCAUCCCCGGCCUGAACGUCACACUGCGCUCGCAAAGCUCAGCACUGCAGCCUGAUGGACAGGAGGUGGUGUGGGAUGACCGCCGGGGCAUGCGGGUGCCCACCCCUCUGCUGCGCGAUGCCCUGUACCUGCAAUGUGAGACCACCUGGGGCGGCCAGGCCUUCCUGUCCAACCCCUUCGUUGUACACAUCACAGGCAAUGAGCUCUAUGACAUCCAGCUGUUCCCCAAGAGAUCGCUGGAGCUGCUGGUUGGGGAAAAACUAGUCCUGAACUGUACCGUGUGGGCCGAGUUCAACUCAGGUGUCACCUUUGACUGGAACUAUCCAGGGAAGCAGGCGGAGCGGGGUAAGUGGGUGCCAGAGCGGCGCUCCCAGCAGACUCACACAGAGCUCUCCAGCAUCCUCACCAUCCACAACGUCAGCCAGCGUGAUUUGGGCCCGUACGUGUGCCAGGCCAACAAUGGUAUCCAGCAGUUCCAGGAGAGCACUGAGGUCAUUGUGCAUGGUACGGCCUGUCAGGCCACUGGCCCAGUGUGGCCUGGGCUAGAGAAGCCCUUCAUCAGCGUCGAGUGGCUCAAGGGUCCGGUUCUAGAGGCCACGGCAGGAGAUGAGCUGGUGAAGCUGCCCGUGAAGCUGGCGGCUUAUCCCCCACCGGAGUUCCAAUGGUACAAGGACAGAAAGGCAGUGUCCGGGCGCCACAGUCCCCAUGUUCUGGUGCUCAAGGAGGUGACGGAGGCCAGUGCAGGCAUCUACACCCUGGCCCUGUGGAACACCGCGGCUGGCCUGAGGCGUAACAUCAGCCUGGAGCUGGUGGUGAAUGUACCCCCCCACAUCCACGAAAAGGAGGCCUCCUCCCCCAGCAUCUACUCCCGCCAUAGUCGCCAGGCCCUCACCUGCACGGCCUACGGGGUGCCCCCUCCUCUUGGCAUCCAGUGGCACUGGCGGCCAUGGACGCCCUGCAGGACCUUCAGCCAGCGCAGCCUCAGCCAGCGGCGGCAGCAGCGAGACCGAAUGCCACAGUGCCAGGACUGGAGGGAGGUGACCACACAGGAUGCUGUGAACCCCAUUGAGAGCCUGGACACCUGGACGGAGUUUGUGGAGGGCAAAAAUAAGACGGUGAGCAAGCUGGUGAUCCAGGAGGCCAAUGUGUCCGCCAUGUACAAGUGCGUGGUCUUCAACAAAGUGGGCCAGGAUGAGCGGCUCAUCUACUUCUACGUGGCCACCAUCCCCGACGGCUUCAGCAUAGAGUCAGAGCCAUCAGAAGAGCCCCUAGAGGGCCAGGCCGUGCGCCUGAGCUGCCGGGCUGACAACUAUACAUAUGAGCAUUUGCACUGGUACCGCCUCAACCUGUCCACGCUGCAUGACGCGCAGGGGAACCCACUGCUGCUUGACUGCAAGAAUGUGCACCUGUUUGCCACGCCACUAGCCGCCAGCCUGGAGGAGGUGGCGCCCGGGGAGCCCCACGCCACGCUCACCCUCACCAUCCCCAGUGUGGCACCAGAAGACGAAGGCGACUACGUGUGCGAGGUGCAGGACCGGCGCACCCACGACAAGCACUGCCAUAAGAAGUACCUGUCCGUGCAGGCCCUAGAAGCCCCACGGCUCACACAGAACCUAAGCGACCUCCUGGUGAACGUGAGCGAUUCCUUGGAGAUGCGGUGCCCAGUGGCUGGGACGCACGUACCCAGCAUCGUGUGGUACAAAGAUGAGAGGCUGCUGGAAGAAGAGUCCGGAAUCGACCUGGCGGACUCGAACCAGAGGCUGAGCAUCCAGCGCGUGCGCGAGGAGGACGCAGGCCACUAUCUGUGCAGUGUGUGCAACGCCAAGGGCUGCGUCAACUCCUCUGCCAGCGUGGCUGUGGAAGGCUCUGAAGAUAAAGGCAGCAUGGAGAUCGUGAUCCUUGUUGGCACCGGAGUCAUCGCUGUCUUCUUCUGGGUCCUCCUUCUCCUCAUCUUCUGUAACAUGAGGAGGCCAACCCAUGCAGACAUCAAGACUGGCUACUUGUCCAUCAUCAUGGACCCCGGGGAGGUGCCUUUGGAGGAGCAGUGUGAAUACCUGUCCUACGAUGCUAGUCAGUGGGAGUUCCCCCGGGAACGGCUGCACCUCGGCAGAGUCCUCGGCCACGGGGCCUUUGGGAAGGUGGUGGAAGCCUCAGCCUUUGGCAUCAACAAGGGCAGCAGCUGUGACACUGUGGCCGUGAAAAUGCUGAAAGAGGGCGCCACAGCCAGCGAGCAUCGCGCCCUGAUGUCGGAGCUCAAAAUCCUAAUCCACAUUGGUAACCACCUGAACGUGGUCAACCUCCUGGGGGCUUGCACCAAGCCCAAUGGCCCUCUCAUGGUGAUCGUGGAGUUUUGCAAGUAUGGCAAUCUCUCCAACUUCUUGCGCACCAAGCGAGAGGCCUUCAAUCCCUGCGCGGAGAAGUCUGCUGAACAGAGAAGGCGCUUCUGCUCCAUGGUGGAGGGCGCCAAGGCCGACCAGAGGAGGCCAGGGAACUGCGACAUGGCCCUCCUCACAAGGCUCUUAACGGGCAAGGGAGGGGCAGGGCGGGCCGCUCCAGUCCAAGAAGCCAAGGACCUGUGGCUGAGCCCGCUGACCAUGGAAGACCUUGUCUGCUACAGCUUCCAGGUGGCCCGAGGGAUGGAGUUCCUGGCCUCUCGAAAGUGUAUCCACAGGGACCUGGCCGCUCGAAACAUCUUGCUGUCAGAAAGUGACGUGGUGAAGAUCUGUGACUUUGGCCUGGCCCGGGACAUCUACAAGGACCCUGACUAUGUGCGCAAGGGCAGUGCCCGGCUGCCCCUGAAGUGGAUGGCCCCUGAGAGCAUCUUCGACAAGGUGUACACCACACAGAGCGAUGUGUGGUCCUUUGGGGUCCUGCUCUGGGAGAUUUUCUCCCUGGGGGCCUCCCCAUACCCUGGGGUGCAGAUCAAUGAGGAGUUCUGCCAGCGGCUGAAAGAGGGCACCCGGAUGCGGGCCCCAGAGCUAGCCACUCCUGCCAUACGCCACAUCAUGCUGAGCUGCUGGGCAGGAGACCCCAAAGAGAGGCCUGCAUUCUCAGAUCUGGUGGAGAUCCUGGGGAACCUGCUUCAGGGCAGGGCCCAGCAGGAAGAUGACUGCGUGGCUCCUUGUGGUUCUCAGAGCUCAGAGGAAGGCAGCUUCUUGCAGGCAUCCACCACGGCCAUGCACAUCACAGAGACAGAUGCUGACACAGAGGACAGCCCGCUGAGCCUGCACCAGCACAGCCUGGCCGCCAGAUAUUAUAACUGUGUGUCCUUUCCGGGAUGCCUUGCCAGAGGGACACAAACCCAGGGUUCCUCCAGGAUGAAAACGUUUGAGGAAUUUCCCAUGACCCCAACUACCUACAAGGCCAUAGUGGACAGCCAGACGGACAGUGGGAUGGUGCUGGCCUCCGAGGAGUUUGAGCAGCUGGAGAGCAGGCACAGAGAAGAGAGCAGGCUCAGCUGUAAAGGACCAAGCAGGAAUGUGAGCGUGACCACGGCACACCUCGACCCCCAAGGGAGGCGGCGGCCCGACCCGGGGCCCCGGGGCCAGGUGUUCUACAACAGCGAGUACGGGGAGCUGGCGGGGCCCCCGGAGGAGAGUGCCAGCACCCCAGCCGCCCAAUCGCCCUUCUUCACAGACAGCAGCUACUAAAGCAGCUUCGGACAAGCCACCCUGGACCUUGGGCUCUACAGUGGGUGGGGGUCACGCCUGGCCAGUGAACAGAGGGCUAGAGACCCAGGCUGGAAGCUUAUCUCAUCUAGUUUGGGCCAGGAGACAUUUCUUCCUCCUUAGCUAGGAAGAGUAAAACCCAGGCUCCAGUGUUCCCUUCAAUUCCAUCACCAUGCCUGCCCCGGACACCCUGCAGAUCCCUGGGGCCCUCCUCCCCUUCAGAUUCAGAUUCCACUUAGUUCAACAUCCACAAGGGCCAGCUCUGGGCUGAGCACUCUCAUAGGAAAUAAUAUCUCUUUGGGUGUCUCUCUCAGCAUGGUAGAUGGUGUGAUCCCUGACUUCUGAUGAGAAAUAUGAGAAUAACAUAAUAGUCCAGAUCGAACUGUGGUCUCCCAGCCCUGCCCCAAAUACUGCCCCUUCCUGUGGGAAUGGCUUUCUUCAUUUGCCUCUCCAAGGCUCAGACAAGGUGCCAUAUUUCCAACUCAAAGCAACAAAUGAGAAAUUUGAGUGGAGAGGAAUGGAAGUCUCCUUUCCUGAGCCUGACCAAGCAGUUCAGAGUAGCCAUCUCUGCAGUUCCAAACCAGUUACAGCAGCCUUCUUCUCCUGAGUGCUGAGAACUAUUCAACUUUUUUUUUUUUUUUCAUUAGAAUUUCAGAGGCUAUUUGAGCUGCUGUGAAGAAUUUACUUUUAAAAACUUCAGUCUGAAGGGAACCCAGGAAAGGUGUUUCUGAAUCUGGAAAAUUCUUGCCUCUGACACCCAGUCAACUGCUGUCAUAAAAGACCCCACUGUGGCUACCACUUCUUUCUGGAGAAGGCCCCCAGCCGUACCUGCCUGAUCCAGAAUUGGAAGAGUCAUCUGAUGGUCUAGAGCUGCCCAUUGGAAAGCCACCUGGUUCUUCCCUCUGGGGCCUGGAUCUGCUACCCAAGGUGCCACCCAAGCUGUGAACAUCCUUAUGAGAGGCAAAUACUAUGAGUUCCUUCAAGAAAGGCUUUGGGGCUGGCCCAGAGGACCCACCAGUAUUACUGUAUGCCAGGAGGCAAUCCACAGAUGCCCCUACACCCCCAUGGAGGCCCCUGUCUCCUGCCCCCUGAUCUGUACCUGACAUCAGUGGUCUGGCAGGUCAAGCCUCUGCUGCCACAGAACAGUGGAGGGCCCUCUGGAGGCUGGACCAUUCCACACUGCCUGGCCACCCACACCCCAGGAGAAAGACCCUCAUCCCAGUUAGUAUCACGGAGGUUGACACCCCGCUCCCCACCAUGAGACGCUUGCAGGACAGGCGGCCGUGCAGCGAGCAGGGGCGUGCCCGGCAGGAACCACCGCCCACCCCACCCCCACAACCACAUUGUAUAUUGUUCCUUUAAGAUACAUUGAAUGUAAGUGUGGCUGUAACCCUAACUGUCCCCAGGUGUCCUUCUCCCCUGAUAUCACCUUCUUGUAAGACCUGGGUCUCAGGUUUACCUGGUUGAGGUCCAGAGGGUGUUUCAAUCAGAGAAGCAUCUCAAGGACUUCCGUGCAGUGGCCCAGGCCCAAGACCCCUCCCGACAUGUGUCCACCUAUGCUCCUGUCACAUAACUGCACACACGAAAAUGUAUUGAGAAGAAAACCUCCCCCUACCCCUUACAGAACAUAUGCUCCAAAAAGAUAAAGUAUUUAACAAAAGAUAAUAAUAAAUUUGAUGCCAGUCUUGAGUUACAGUGAA